UUUUUUUUUUUUCUUUUUUUUCUUGUAUCUGUUCCCCCUGCAGGCAGCCAGUGCCGGGGUGGAUCUUGCUGUUUCCUUUGGUCCUUCUGUAUUAUUCUUUUUUGUUUUAUUUUAAUUCUUUUGCUUUGUCUCGGAUAUUCGAUGCGGCAUGGCCACAGUGCUCCUCAGCAUUAUAGAGCGAGAAGAUUAGGAAGCAAGUUUUGAUAAGGAUAAAUCUCUCUCUCUUCGUGUUGCCCCCCGCCAUUUGGUCAUCUAUUCAAGGGGACAACCGAACUAUCAUGUUAUUCGGCUUGCUGCGGCAUUCGGCAACGAAUACAAAAAGACGUUGACGCUGCGACGCUAGCGCUCUCUCCGUCGCUAUCGAGAGUAUCGAGACCAUACAUCAUCGUGCAUAUCACCAUCUCUGGUUUCCCCUUCUCCCCGGCCACAUUGUCCCUGUAGCGUAGUUCGUUCGUUCUCACACGCCAACCGAGAUGGCGGAGGACGAUGAGGUGGAAGGGAGGGGACGCAAGGGACCCCGUGGACGGAAUCUAUUCCUGACCAAUCACCACCGGCCUCGGCCGCCCGCCCGGCCCUCUCUCAUUUGCCAGCCCGGCCGGCAGUGGAUACCCCGCCCCGCACCGUCCUUAUUUCCUUAGCGUGUCCCUCUUCCGCAGUCGGCCCGGGGGGGUUGUCAUUGUUGUUGCUGCUGCCGCCUCUGACGUCGACGCGCAUGAGCGCUUUUCGAAUUCGGGGCGGAGGACGCGGUUUGUUUUCUCAUUCACAUAUUUUCAUAUGCCGCUCUCUUUACUCCACGUCCGCUCACUUUCAUUUCUUGGCAGGACCAAAUGCCCUGGGG